CAUCAUCGGCGAUGCACGGGGGUUGAAAAUGUCACAGGAGUGGCUAGCUGGUUUCCACCCGCGUUCUCAUUUAUAUAUCUCGUUCAAAGCAGCGCUCGCCGAAAUAUACAUCAUCAUGUACAAUAAUUAAAAGUAAACAUUUUAUUAUAAAAUGUUUAUCGAGGUACGCCGAUAAAAAAGUUGAAUUUUGGUGGUGAGCGUGUGAUAUCGAACGCCGCGUACUGCUGCGACCCUUCGUUACGUGUUUUUUUUGUUUUUUUCUUUUCCGAUAACGCUAAAUUUUAUCGAUUUUUUCGGACGCGCGCGUACUUUUAGUAUUAUAUUAGUGGGAAAAUCUUUAAUACGGUAAAGCGAGGACGCGGGGAAAUUAAAAAAAAAAAAAAAAAAGAAAAAAAAAACAAAGUUUACGUCAUUUCGUUGUUUCAUUAUUUACUGAAUAAUGUAUGAAUAUUGGUGGUAAACAUCGUUGAUGAGCGGGAAAAAAAAGAAAAAUGUUUUACUCACCCAUAAUGCCGAGACCGUUGAGCAACUUUCUGCACUGCUUCACACUGAAACAGGGCACCAUCCUCAUUGCCGUUGUUCAGCUGUUCGCAGCUGGUAUCGCUGUGACUUUUUGUAUUCUCGCACUGACACACGCGGUUGACAUACGCGAGAUGGUUGCCAGAGAUGCCGAGGAGGAUACGAUGGAUCGUGGAUACUCGAUGGAUGACGACAAUUCAAUGCGGGUCAACAUCAAGAGAAUGAAAAUCGCUGGUGACAAUGCCAAAGGCAAAGUCGACGAGAUGUGGUACCACCUUAUGCUGUGGCUCACUCAUUUGUCAUGCAUUAUAUUGUUACUGUACGGAGUUUUGACUUUUCAUCGUCGAUUCAUGAUACCCUGGAUUUAUUUGAAUGCCCUUGAAAUCGUACUAUUUAUUAUUCUACUCGCCAAGAAAAAGCAUGCAUUUGAUGCAGUUGGAUGUACGAUCCUAUUGCUUGAACUUACCGGUGUGGCGAUGCAUUUUCAUAGUACGUACGUUGUUUGGAGCACAUACAUGAGUAUUCAUUAUUGGAAAAAAGGUUUGAUACACCAAGUGUACGAUAUACGAAACAACAAGACCAUACCGAGACAAUCGAUAUCCGAAUGUACGACGUCCUCGUCGUCAUCCCAUUCGUCUCGAUUGCCAACCAAACCAUACGAAGUUUGAUUCAACAUUUUAUAUUAUAUAUUAUGUUCGAGCUAGAUAUAUAUAGAUUCUCCGAAACAAAAAAAUCGAAACUCGCCAGAGCCAAACACUCGCGUGUCUCGUCAGAGGAGGAAACAACAAAAAGUUCAUAAAAAUAAACGCAUUUACGCAUCUCUAUGUGUGAAUAUUCGAAGGAAGACGGAAAAAAAGAACGAAAAAAAAAACGUUCACCGCGUGAAAAAAGGCUACUGCUGUACCGUAUUGCGGCGGUAAGGAAAGAGUAAUCUUUCGUAUUCCUUCUCGAUGUAUUCUAUAUUUGAAUGAGAGAAAAAAAAAAGAAAAAAAAAACCAUAAAACGACAUAAGAAAUGUUUGAAAACGAGUCAUAUAUCCGCGCACCUCGCAAUCUGCUCGCUGUGCGUUGUUAUUCUCUCUCCCGCUUCUUCUUCUUCUUCUUCUUCUUCUUCUUCUUCUUCUUUAUUCACUCUGCUCAAUGACGAAUAAACUAUUAAUAUUGAAUGUAAUAAUAAUUCCAACUCUUCGUACGUGUAUAUGUAUAUGAUUUAUAUAAUGGAUGUACGAUGAUAAUAAUAAUAAUAAUGAAUAAAGCUCAUGUCGAACUAUGCUGCAA